AUGGGUCUCGCUCUGUGUGUGUGUGCGCGUCGCGCUCUCCGCGGCGCGAACACGCCCAGCCUCGCCCCGCCCGCCUCGCUCGCCUCGCCCUUCCUGCCCGUGGCCGUCACCAUGCCGUUGCUCCUGGCCGUCGCGCUCGACGCCCCCCCGGCCCCCCCUGGGGACCCCAGGUCCUGCUGGAGCUCCGCCCACCGCUCUCCCAACUUCUCCCUGAGCCCGGAGGGAAGGGUGGCCCUGCGGGCCCCUGCCGAGCAGAGCACAGACGGCAUCCGGGGGGCCGUCGGAGAGCGGGGGGGGCUGCACGUGUGGCAGGUGGACUGGGAUCCGGCGGAGAGGGGUAGCCACGCCGUCAUCGGCGUGUCCACUCGGCGCUGCCCCCUACGGACCUCCGGCUACGCCGCGCUGGUGGGCGGCGACGCCGAAUCCUGGGGCUGGGAGCUCGGCUCCAACGGGCUGUGGCACGACGACGCGCCCGUGGGCCUCUACCCCAGGAGGCGGUCGGGGGACGUCCCGCUACGGGUGCCCUCCACCGUUCUUGUGGUCCUGGACGCGGACGCGGGGACCCUGGGCUUUGUGGUGGACGGCUGCUUCUUGGGCACGGCCUUCUGGGGUCUGCCGCACGGCACUCCGCUCUUCCCUGCGGUCAGCAGCGUGCGCGGAGGCUGCCGGAUCGCCCUGCGCUACCUCAACGGAAGCCCCCGAGAGCCGCCCUCUCUCGUGUCGCUGUGCCGCCUCUGCGUGCGCCGGGCUGUGGGUAGAGCCAGCGAGGCGGCCGAGGACCACGUGGCGCGGCGUGUGGACCGUAUGGAGCUGCCUCCCGCUCUCCGGCGCCUCUUCCUUUACUCGCCACACACGGUGGCGGAUGGCGCAGGAGCACCACGUGGAACGAGCACGGUCCAGUCCGUGUACAGAAACGCCCGAGUGCUGACCCGCACUAGCGAUCCUUCCCGCCCUCAUCUACGGCGGAGGGCAGAAGCGGUUCAUCUGCGCGGUUGCCAUGGUGACGCGGAGGCCACAGCCGUUUCGGACAGCAGGAGCGGUCCCUGA